CACGUCCAGAACCUUAACCAUCACUGACAUCGUGUAAGACCUCCGUCCAAGAUCACUGCUAGAGGUCACCACCACCAUCUGAGGUCCUGAAGUCACCACCACCACCCGAGGUCACCAUGUUUGUGCUGGCGCUUCUAGUCAUCGGCCUCCUGACACAGGGAGAAACUGGUGCUGCAGGUGCAGCCUCCUGCCCAGAACCCUUCGUCACGAUCGGGGAGGGCUGCUACUUCUUCAGUUACUCGUUCGUGACGUGGCAAGAGGCGCGGACGACCUGCCAAGGUCUCCUGCCGGGGGAAGACGCCGACCUGGCCGUCCUGGACUCCACCUGCGACGACUUUAGACACAUAGCAUCAUACGCCAUCACCAACGAGUUGACGCCUUUCUGGGUGGGUGCCUCUGACGACCUGAUCGAGGGGUACUGGACGUGGGUGGACGGGCGCCCGGUGGACAUGACCGCCUCCUACUGGAACACUGAAGAGCCACUUGAUGGAAAUUCAUACAACUGUGCUUACUUAGCCUUUCACUCCGAAAAGACGUUCAGGCUGCGUCUGAACGCUGACUACUGUUUUGAUAUCUGGCCGUGUCUGUGCCAGCUGGGUGUUCAUUCUCUUAAAUAGCCGGGUAGUUGGUGUGAGGUGAGUGACCAAGCUCAUACUAGCUCGGUGUCCACACUUGCAUGACAUGUACAGUGUGUAGCGGCAGUUGAUCAUACUCCAGCAAUAUAUAUGCUUCUCUCAGUUAGUCUAACAACUGCAACUAAUCUCCCUGUAUACUACAUGUAUUUCCUGCAACAUUUAAUCGUUUCUAAAUUCCUGCUCCACCUGCAUAAUAUUAAUUACUUGAGAAAGGAAGGUUGAAUAGUGAGUGUGUGGGGGGGGAAGGGGGGAGCACAAAGAAGAAACUAUAUAGCAAGUUAGAUUUAUAUAUUGCUAAUAUAAAAUGAAUAAAGUUCACUGGUCCUCUCCCACACUAUUGUUCUAAAACUAAAUUGGUUAUUAACUACACAACUUGGCCCGGGACCCAGUGGGCAUUUUUGGUUGCUUUAACGUCGCCCACCGACGUUGUUUGACCGUAUUAUGGUUGACUAUUAAAGUAUGUUAAGUUUCAAAGGUGAGAUUAUGUUGCAAUCAGGUUUAGAUAUGGUUUGGUUUCUUUCAACGUUAAUAAACCAUUGGAAUUUGCACACGCAUUCAUACAUGUGUGCACGCAAAUGCACACUCGCCCGCACGCAAGAGCACAAGGAAAGAACAUAUUAGAAGGAAAGAUUGGAUUCUUUCCAUACGUUAUAUGACAAAUAAUAUUAAAUAUUUCAGAUAGUUAUGAAGAAAAUGAAAAAAAAUCAUCAUUUUCUAAGAGAAAAUAUUAUCCCAUUGACUCAAUAGCAAGUUAAAAAUGUUUCCAUUGCAUUGAAUAUCAUAAUACAGCAAGUAGGCCCAUUAACCAGGACCUGCUAUGAAAUAGCAUUGCAAAAUAAAGAAAACAAAUAUUUCUGAUCUAUUUUUCCCCAAUAUAGAUUGUCUCUUCUAAUUUUUCUUGUUUUACAUUUUCAUUAAGAAACACAAAGAUCUUUCCUAGGCUCCAUUACUUAUUGUAGUAUAAUAUAGUGACCGAGUCUUGAUCACAGAGUAGUAGGUGAUCACUACGGUCUGUGGGGUCACUUUACCAGUAACUGACCACACCCAACAGUGUUCAACACACUGCUAUGAACGUCUUCCAGUGCACAACAUAUUUUUGUAAUAGAGUAAUAUUUAACCUUCAAUGAAAUGAUCCCAAAAGUAAAUUCGGCCAUUUGGAAAAAUGCAGACAUUUAUUGAAUAAUUUAUUAAAUAAAAUAAUCAAACGUGUUUCAUGAGUCCGUAAAUUAUGUAUUAAGAUGCUUACCCGUCGAAACAUCUGGAGGAUUGUAUCCAUGAGAUCGGAAAUGCUACAUAUGUGUCUAAGUGCGACCUCUCGAGAGGAUAUUAUCAGAUACCUCUCACUGGACGCACCAAGGAACUAACAGCAUUCGUAACGCCCGAUGGUGUCUUCCGGUAUUUGGUAUUGCCGUUCGGACUACGGAAUGCCUCCACAACAUUCCAUAGACUAAUGAACUCUCUGCUAACAAAUGUUCCCAAUGUAGGGCUAACUUGGAUGAUACUGUGUUGUAUAAUAGUAGUUGGCUAAAUGUGAUACCUGAUGCAUUAUCCCGGUUGCCUGAGUAGAGUACAUCUGAGCCGAGAGGAAAUAACAAACCCAUUGUCAGAGGUUAAGUAUAGUUCUUAGGUUCUCCUCUUACAUUGAUUAUUCUUUGUCAGAUGUGGGUUUUUUUUCUUUCAGGGUAAAUUGUUUUGUUUUUAUUGGCUGAUUCGUUGUACGCUCUUACAAUAAAUGUAUCUACUAAUCUA